AUAUGUGGAUUAGUGUUAAUAUAAAUUUGCAGUUUAACAAAUUUUGAAAUAAAUAAAUAAACAUAUGCAUACAAACAUAAAUAACCUAUAUACUCUUAAAUUUAAGUGUACAUAAACAUAUAUAUAGUUUAAUAUUUUUUAUUAUUUACUUACCUACAUUAUUUUUUUCGGUUUUUUGAAUGGAUAACCUAUUUUUGGAUUAUUACUGGUAUAUUGUAGACUUAUUUAUAUAAAAAUAAAGCCAGAAGAGAUUUCAACGAAUAUUAAAGCAGAAAAAGUUUUUGUUUGAUGAAUAUUAUAUGAAAUAAUCAUUUCUUUUGGAUAAAUAUACACAAACUUAUUUUGGAUAAUUUUCGUUUUUGGAUAUUCCUAUAUACAUACAUACUUGCAUAUAUUUACACAAUACAUACAAACCAUAAAUAUUAAAGAAGACAAAUAUUUUUGUUAUUCUUUAAUUUUACUAAAAGAGCUUUCAAAAACAAAAACUGGACAUAAAAUCUUUUGAUUUUAAAUUAAUAAAUAUUAAAAAAGAAAAAAUUAAAAAAAUUCAAUCAAAAUUAAUAAUAUAAUAAAAAAAUAAAAUUUCAAAUCAACGAAGAUGCCAUCACUGCUUGAAGCAAUUGAAGAAAAAUAUGGGGUGGGAUGCUGUGAUUUUUCUGGCCCACCAGAUCCUCAAGAACAACUUGUGUCAAUUUUUGUACCAAAACUGCCACCACUCGUAAGUGUUCCCCAAUUAUUAGUCCUUAAUGACUGUGAUAUUGAUUGUGCUGGUAGUGAAGAAGAUCUUAAAAAGAAAUGCCAUACAGUAAGGGAAUUAGAUUUGGCACAAAAUAAAUUAGCCAAUUGGAAUGAAGUAUUUCGUAUACUAGAGCAUAUGCCACGUAUUGAAUUUGUUAAUUUGAGCAAAAAUUUAUUAAAUGGACCAGUUAUUGCACCACCACAAACAACGUGCCUAAAACAAUUAAAAAGUUUAGUAUUAAAUAAUACUAGAUUAGAUUGGGAAAGUGUUGAAAGUUUAUUAAAAUAUGUACCAGCUUUACAAGAAUUGCAUUUAAGCUUAAAUGAUUAUCGUAAUGUAUUAAUUGAUACAAUUGAUGAUGAUUAUUGUGGUAUGAUGAUAACAUCAGAUUUAGAUGAUUUAACAUUAGGUGAUGAUGAUGAUGAUAAACCAGAAGAAUUAUGUCAAUGUAAAUUAAUUAAAACACACCAAUACCAACAACAACAACAACGUUUAAAUAAUGGCAACGAAAAUAAUAUAAUAAAUUCAGAUACAAUAUUAAAUUCAAAUACAUUAUGUUGUAAUGGAACAAAUAAAAUUUCUGGUACAGAAUUAAUACCUAUAGGAGCAUCAACAACAACAGCAGGAAUAACGAGAACAGAUAUACAAAAUAUUGAAACAACGAUAUCAAAAAUGACAGAAUUAAAAUUACCUUCAGCAACACAUGUAAAGGAUAAUUCAGUUGCAUCAUCUUAUCCUGGUAGCUCUUCCAUGAUUGCUUGUGAUAAACAUAAUAAUGUUGAAUCAUAUAAAAGAAGUGAUUCAACAAGUUCUAUGUAUAAAAAAACUGAAGCACAUAGUGGUGUUAGAAAAUUACAUUUUACUGGUAAUCCAGUACAAGAUUGGUCAGAGAUAUGCCGAUUGGGUAGAGUAUUUCCAAAUUUAGAUACUCUUGUAUUAGCAAAUUGCCCUUUAAAAGCUGUUGAAGCAGUGCCAAGACCGCCAUCAUCAAAUAGUGAUAAAUCAUCAAAUACCACCGAUGAUGAAGAUGUUGCACCACCUCAUGAAUUUUUUAAGAAUUUAGCAUUUUUAAACUUAAGCAGCACAAAAAUAAAUACGUGGGAUGAUGUUGAUCGAUUAGCACAAUUUCCAAAUUUGAAAAAUCUUCGUGUGCAGAAUUGGCCACUUUGGGAUAAAUGCGAUUCAACAGAGUAUGAACGACGUCAAUUAUUAAUAGCAAGAUUACCAUAUGUUCAAACUUUGAAUGGUGGUGUUGUAACAACUGAAGAACGUGAAGAUGCUGAAAGAGCUUUUAUACGUUAUUAUAUGGAUAAACCAGAAAGUGAUCGACCAGCACGUUAUAAUGAAUUAAUUGCCAAACAUGGUAAAUUAGAUCCAUUGGUUAAUAUUGAUUUAAGACCAGAGAAACGUGUUAAAAUAACAUUUACUUAUGGUGAUAUUUGUGAAGUUAGAAGUUGUGAUGUUUACAGAACUGUAAUCGAUUUGAAAAUGCGAUUGGAACGUAUUGUUGGCAUACCACAUAAUAAGAUGCGUUUAUAUUAUGUUGAUCAAGAUUUAAGAGAUCAUCAAGGACCCGAGGAAAUGAAAUACCCUCAUAAAAGAUUAUAUAGUUAUAAUAUACAAUCUGGUGAUGAGAUCAUUAUUGAUCAAAAACGAUAAUUUUAUUUAUUAUGCUUUUUUUUUUAUUCUUGAGGAAGUUUUUACACUUUAUAUUUCGUUGUGUUUUUUCCCCCUUGAUAUUUUAAUUUAAAAAACAAAUGUUUGAAUGUUAAUAUAAAAAAUAUAAUACAUAUUUUAUUUUUAAAAAUUAUUUUAUAUUUUAAGUUGAAGACAAAAGAAAUGUAUAGAAAAAACAAAUAAAUAUUUUUAAUAUUUGAAAAUAAAAAAUCAUGAAGGAAAAUAUUAUUAUUAAA